AUGUUUGCAAAAAAAGAUGUAAGAGCUUGAUAUCUUGUUAAUAUGAUGUCUUUGGUCUUUGUCUUCGGAAGCUACUAUAGCAGUUUCUGUUUUACAUAUGUAACAUAUGAAAACUUGUAAAACAUGGGUGUUUGUCGUAUAUGUUUACGGCCUUGUGAGGAUAAUAAGCGGCUUAUGGAUAGGCAUUUUCGCGAAAAGGCACAAGAUAUUUUUAGUUUGAUGAUUGACGUUCGAAAAACAAAAACAUCUUUGGUAGCUUGCGACAUGUGCCACAUAAAAAUUAACAAGUACUACGACUUUAAGCAUAAGUGUAGGCAACAGGAAUAUGCAUUCAAAAAUGCGACCAAAAAGUCGAUUGGUUUUUCUGUAGUCAAAAUAAAUGUUGCAUCAACGUUUGAGCAUAAUUACGUUGAUAACCCUGAUCUCGAAACAGUUCAGUCUGAAGAACCACCGAAAAUAAAACGCAAAAUGACUAGACCAAAACGAUCUCUAUUACGAUUUACAAAGGAACAACUUGCAAUAAGAUCCAAAAAAGAGUUGUAUGAAGAACGGCGUAAAGUCAUUUGUGAAGAGUGCGGCAAGAUGGUGCAAGAUUCUCGAAUGGAAGCCCAUAAAAAUGUUCAUUUAGGCGUUAAACCAUACGCUUGUCUAGAACCUAACUGCAAACAAUUAUUUCGCUGUUUACCAUCUCUUAGAAUGCAUGUUAAACGCACGCAUGCUAAUGGACAUUAUCCGUGCGAUCAAUGUGGUAAAGUUCUCGGAAGUAAGCUGACUCUACGAACUCAUUUGUACUCGCACAGAGAAAAGCAGUUCAAAUGUGAAAUAUGUGGUCUGAUGACUCUGAACAAGUCUCGUCUGGAGCUGCAUAUGCGAGUCCACACUCAGAAGCGGGAUUUUAAGUGUCCUCACUGCCCCAAGUCAUUCUAUGUUAAUACGGUUCUUACUUUGCACCUCCGCAGUCAUUCCGGCGAAAAACCCUACGUUUGUCACGUUUGCUACGCUGCCAAUUCUCAUCGUAUAUUGUAUGUUAAACAUAUGAAAAAAUUUCACCCCAAAGAAGAGAUAUAUAAAUUAUGUGAUAUGCCAAAGAUAGCUGCGGUAAUAAAACAAGAAUAGAAUAAUAUAUAAAAUU